AUGUCUUCGCUUCUACUUAGUCAUAAAGAACGAGCUGAAGGACCAUGGGUUAAAUUACAGUCUGAUCCGAAUCUUUUUACGGCAUUAAUGUAUGAUUUGGGCGUUAAAGGUGUAAAAGCAACUGAAGUUUUUGUCCUUGAUCAGCAGGAUAACUUCGAUGAUCUAGGGCAGAUAUACGGGAUCGUAUUUCUUUUUAAAAUGUUCGGUGGCGUAACAGGGGAUUUAAGAGGAUUACACAAAGGCACUGAAUAUGAACCCAUUGAAGAGAAUCCAAAAAAUGUUUAUUUCGCGAAUCAAGUAGUCGAGAAUGCUUGUGCCACAUUAGCAGUGUUAAAUAUAGUAUUAAACUGUCCUCAGCUAGAAAUCGAUCAGGAGCUCAAAGAAUUCAAGGAUUUUACUUGGGAUCUUCCACCUGCUACAAGAGGCUUCUCAAUCACAAAUCAUCCAACCUUUCGCAAAAUUCAUAAUUCAAUGGCUAGGCAUCCCGAGGAUUCGCUGAUUGUAGAAGAGGCUGUUAGUAAAAAAAAGACCAAAGUAGAAAUAGGCGUUAUGGGAGAAGUUUAUCACUAUAUUGCCUAUGUGCCUGUCGAUGGGCAGGUGUGGCAAUUAGACGGAUUAUAUCCUCAUCCUGUAAAAAUAGGAAAAUAUGAUGAUCACAAACAUUGGUAUGAUGCUGCCCGUGGUGUUAUUAAUGAGCGCAUCGAAAGUUUUCAAGCAGAAGAUAUGGAAUAUGUAUUAUUGGCUAUAACAAAAGAUCAACUUGGCAUCAACCAAGAUAGGUUAAACGAUUGUCUGUAUAUCAAAAAACUUGUCGAGGAAAGAUUGGACGAGAUUAACAAUUCAUGGAGAGAAGCAAAUUUUGAAGAUGUGGAUGUUCGAUUCACUAAUGAGGAUCAGGCGAAAGCUAUAGAACGAGGAAAUGCUGGAAUGGAGUUGUUAAAUUUGUCAACAUGCCAUGACGAUGUCGAAAAACUAGAACAAUUAAGAUCUAGAAUGAUUGGCGAAAUACGUGUCUUGCUUGAAGACAUUGAUCGAGAAAUAAAAUUCAAAGAGGUUGAGAGAGAACGCAGAACCUUUGAUUAUGGACCUUUCUUUCGCGAGUUUAUUUCAAUUCUUCACGAACGUGGCGAAUUAAAAGGUUUACUCGCAGCUGCUCCUGAAAUGUAUGAAGGCGAUGAGCAAUACUAA